AUGACUGCCAUUUCUCGUUCAGACCUACUAGCUUGGCUUAAUGAACUUCUUCAACUGAACUAUACCAAGAUCGAGCAAUGCGGCACUGGUGGUGCCUAUUGCCAGAUUCUGGACUCUAUCUAUGGGGACGUGCCUAUGACGAAAGUUAAAAUGAAUGCGAAGGGCGAGUACGAAUUUGUUGCAAACUUUAAAGUGAUGCAAAACGUCUUCAAGGCAAGGAAGAUCAACAAGGCGUCACGAUCUCUUCAGCCGAUACCCAUCGAAAAACUUGUCAAAUGCAAAAUGCAGGACAACCUAGAGUUCCUGCGAUGGAUAAGACACUUUUGGGACUCUAAUUACGGCGGACAGGGUUAUGAUCCAGUCGCCCGCAGACGAGGGGUGCCAACAGGUACUCCCAGCACGAUCGCGCCAUUGUCCAGUUCUCGAACUGGCGGCGCCUCUGCGGGUCUGGGGAUUGGGGGCCGUGUUGGAGGCAAAAGGCCGAUCAGCAGCAAUCGAGCUGGGUCCGCUCAACCGAAUGAAAUCAUGCAGAAUCUCCAAGCUGAAAUCCGAGAUUUGACCACUCGUAUGGAGGGCUUAGAGAAGGAAACGGACUUCUACUUUGCAAAGCUUCGCGAUAUCGAAAUUUUGGUGCGGCAGGAAAUGGAGACGUUAACUGACGUCCAAGAACCUCAGAAACUGGCUCUGGAGAACAUUCAGAAGGUCCUAUAUUCAACUGAGGUUUGUGAGAUCAGAUUCGGCUCCAACGAUUUACUGACCGUGCGUUUCAGGAUGGCUUUGGGAAUGAAUGCCAAAUAAUCCGGCUCGGAAGUCGUGUCCAACGAGAUUUGCAGAUGUGUAAUGGAUGUCGCGCCAUAUAUGUGUCGGAAAAACUAAGUUCGAGUUCCCACGCCUUGUAACUCAUUGGAACCCCUCAAUUUACCACCGGCAUUAUGACUCAAUUCCAAGGCUACCCGAAACUAGAACAUGACUGGCACUUUCUUUACCACGCCGGAAUGCUGCACACGCCAUAGCUGCAUUUGUGCAGAUAGUACAAUGUACAACGAUGUAGAGAUACCUAUUGUCACAGCACCUUGAUGAGAGAUGAAGUGAAAC